GCAUUUAGUGGUUAAACUCUACCGUCAAGUACACCAAGUGACAAAAUGAUUUGUUUAAUGACAUAGAGGCAGCCAGUGGUGCACUGUAUCGUGAAAUGACAUUUCAAAAUAUAGACGCACUUUGUAUAUACGAGCUUGUGUUGGUGAUCAGUGUGUACGGAGCUAGUGUCCCUCCUCCGGCAAGCUUCAGUGUCAGCUCGAUCUUAGACCCCGUGUUACAUCCUAUUGUAGCUGCUGGAUCCAAUAAAUGUGAAGCUCUAAAGAGUUUCUUUGGAUUAACUUAUGAGCAGAUGUUAGAGAAAAACAGAACCAAUUUCAAUGAAGUACUAAGCAUUGAUCAUAUCACUAAAAAUGGUAAUAUCAAACAUAACCUGAGCGAAACAAAUUAUUUGAAGAAGCUGAUGGUUAACGCUGAAUCUGUUUACUUUCUCGUUCAUGGGUUUAUGGAAAGUUCAGAUGGUUUGAUGGUGCAAGGGGUGGCACCAGAAUUGCUUAAGCAACAGCGCGUAAAGGUGUUUGCUUUGGACGGAAGAAAGGUGAUAAGUUUGGAGUACUUUCGAUCUUCAACUUAUGUCCGGUUCAUGGGACAAAAAUUUGGAACACUUUUGACGGACCUAAUUAGACGUGGAGUUAACGCAUCCAAAAUAACGUUAAUUGGACAUAGUCUAGGAGCUCACAUAGCAGGUAUAGCAGGCAAGAAAGUAAAAGAAAGAACUGGCAAAAGCAUUGCAAGAAUCACAGGCUUAGAUCCAGCUGGACCUUGCUUUAGUAACAUAGACACUGGAGCGAGGCUGGAUGCAAGUGAUGCGGAAUAUGUUGAUGUCAUACACACGAAUGGUGGAAUGUUGGGAUUAAAAGAGCCUGUAGGUCAUAAGGAUUUCUACCCCAACAACGGCAUGUCACAACCAGGUUGUUUUUUUUCCACGUGUGAUCAUAGUAGAGCUUGGGAAUUAUUUGCUGAAUCGAUUAAUUCGCCUGAUCACUUUCCUGCUCGCAAAUGUGUAAAUUGGACCAUGUUUCAAAACGGACUCUGCACGAGGAAUGAUGUGACCUACAUGGGAUUGAACUCUGGACCAGGGAAUUCAGGUUCAUACUUUUUGACCACUGGGUCGUCAACGCCUUACAGUUUGGGAGCAGCUGGGAGUGGGUGACUUACCCGUAGAUGUGAAAUAAAUAAAGUUACUGUUGCUCAAGUAUUAUGCUUGGUUUAUGUUAUUGUACCUUUUCCCUAUCAUUAUAUCGUAAUACAGUGGUGAUAGCCUAGUGGUUAAGACCUC